UGGCCGCUAAAAGCCUCCACACCGGAAAACUAUCGAUGUAUUGAAGUCAAUAUAGGAUUAUAGAUGAUCAAAGAAAAUAUAGAAACAGAAUAUAAGACAUAAGAAACAAUGUCUGAUAUUUGAGCUCCUAAGCUUUUGAUUAGAGGGGGCUGUUUAGGAACCGGAAGUGAAAGAGCUGUUUGAACGAAGGUUUCCUGAUUCAAGACGAGGAUGUGAGGACAAUGAUUAUAGCGCAGCGACAAACAAAAGCUGCCCAAAGACAAACUCCCGUCAUGCAGUGACUACCGGGUAGCUGCGGCAGAGCUCAUGGCUGUCAAAGCCGGCUUGUCCACAUCUGGUCCGACUCAUCAAUGACCAUGGAUGUGAAAUCAGUUCUGGAGUUUGCUACGGUAACCAGGUGCCUCUCCCUGUUUCUGCAGGCUGUCCUCAAUGCUGCCAUCCCUGAUCACGAUGCUGAUGCAUUCAGGCCCCCUCGGACAGAGGAACCCCUGUAUUUGGAUUCCCUGGUGGAGUGGCUGUUCGGUGGCCUCUCGCACUGGGAUGCGGAGCAUUUCUUGUUCAUCGCAGAGAGAGGAUACCUCUACGAGCACAACUUUGCGUUUUUCCCCCUGUUCCCCGUGAUCCUGCGCGGCCUGGCAGAGACGCUGCUGUGGCCCCUCAGCGGCUGGCUGAGUGUGCGGGGGCGCUUGCUGGUGGCUGUUGCUCUGGGGAACAGUGCCCUCUUCCUGCUGAGCGUUGUUGCCCUGCAUGCCCUCAGCAGAAUAGUGUUGCAGGACAGACGGCUCGCUCUUCUCUCCAGCCUGCUGUACUGCUUCACGCCGGCCAACGUUUUCAUGACUGCUGGAUACUCGGAGAGCUUGUUUGCUGCACUCACUUUUGGUGGGCUGUUCCUCCUGGAGAAAGGCUUCACCGUCAGAGCCUGCCUGGCUUUCAGCAUAGCAACUGCCGCUCGCUCGAACGGACUUGUUAACAUAGGCUUCCUGCUGUAUCUCCCAUCACUGCACGCCAUAACCCAGAUUCGGGUCUAUCGUACAACCACAACAGGCCACAGCAAAGUCCUGCACUACCUAUGGGCCAUUGUCUCCCUGCUGCUCACCUCCCUGUUAGGGACUGCAGUCAUCGCCCUCCCCUUCUGUGCAUUCCAGUACUAUGGCUAUAGGACGUUUUGCACCCCCUCCACCUCUUUGGAACAGGUACACCCUGCUCUCAUGUCACUGGCUGAGAGGAAGGGCUACCGCGUUCCAGAUGAAAACGGUCCGCCCCCCCUCUGGUGCAUGAAACCUCUCCCCUUACUUUACUCACACAUCCAGGAUGUGUAUUGGGAUGUUGGCUUCCUCCGUUACUUUGAGCUUAAGCAGAUACCAAACUUCCUUCUGGCGCUGCCUAUGGCUACACUCGGCAUAAUGGCUGCUUAUGCAUAUUUCCAAACUAAUCCGGAACUUUGUUUGAGACUCGGACUUUGGGAAUCGGGUGCAAACAAAGGGCUUGACAAACCCAUGCCAGGCUUCUUCAACCCCAGAGUGUUUGUGUAUGUUGUACAUGCUGCUGUACUCCUGGUGUUUGGAACGCUCUGCAUGCAUGUGCAGGUUCUCACCAGGUUCAUGGCCUCCUCCUCUCCGGUUCCCUUCUGGAUCAGCGCUCAUCUUCUCCUCCUCAACGAGCCUCUACUUCACAGGAGGAAAACGUCAAAUCCCAGUGUGCAGCUACACACCCACUCCAGAAAUGGCUGUACGCACACUCCUCAAAACCCCAUCAUUGCACUGCUGCCCCACUUUAAAUCCUGUUCCCCCACUACACAGAGCAUACUGGGGUAUUUUCUCUCAUACUGGAUACUGGGUCUUGCACUACAUUGCAACUUUUUGCCAUGGACAUGAAUUAAGACAUUAAGGAUUUCAUGCCACAUAUCAGUGAUGGAGUAAUGGGAGUUCUUGUAACUCCUCAUCGGCAGAGAUAUUUAGUGUUUUCUCAUAAUCAUUAAGUGGUUAAACAUUAAGUUUCCAUGACAAAAAAUGCAAACAUAUUUAGAAUGUUUUAUUGGUGUCUCAUUUAGUUUUAAAAAGAAAACUCAAUUGUGCAAAAUAAGAAUGCUGCUCCUCACAUUCCCCUUGUUUGGCCCUAGACCUGCAUAGUUUGUUGUGACAAAAUACUUUUGCUGCAUAGUUCUUCAUCAGACAUUGUAUAUCAUUUGCACAUCUUAAUGUUUGUAGUUGUUUGAGUGAAACUCAAUUGUUGUUGCAUGGCUGUACUGUAUAGAAAAACAAAAAAAAAACAUGUUUCCAUUUUUCUGAAGGGUUGAGUCUGGUCAGCUGCUCUGCAUGUUUAUGAUAAUUAUUCCAGGUUUUCGUUUGCAGCCUUUUUAGAAUGAGAAUGAAAAAUAAAAGAAACUC